GUAACAUAAUGGACCGUUAUACAUAUUUUCAAUUUCUAGAGAGAGGAGAUAUUGACAGUUCAUUCUUUGGAUAUAAAUUUGAAAUGAGAUACUGGAACGGUAAUUUGAAUUAGGAUCUCAGCCAGAAACUAUUGCGAAUGCAUUUUCAUAAGACCUUGUAAAUGUAGAUCUUCAAAUCAUAUAAAUUUUUUAGGGUAUAUAGGUUCCGCCCGAUGAUGUAGUGAUGAAUUUCUUUUUAACAUUGUUUCUGAGAAUUAGAGGUAAUUGGAAGAAUACUAUUUCUUGGAACCAAAUCUAGUUUCAUCAUCAUACUACUGGAAAUGUGCCAGAUUGAUUUGAACAAACUGAUAAGUGCUGGAAUGGUUAUUAUGAAUCAGAAUAUAAUAUUAACUCCCACAAAGACUGGAGAGCUUAUGGCUAAAUAUUAUGUUGCUUUUGAAACCAUGAAACUAUUUACACAGCUCAGCGGAAGUGAAAUUUUAAUUCAAAUAUUAGCGCUCAUAUCAAAAUGUCAUGAAUUUUCUGAUUUGUGCCUCAGAGUAAAUGAUAAAAAGACACUGAACUUACUGAAUAAAAACUCUUCCAAAGACACUAUACGAUUUCCACUGAAUGGAAGAAUAAAAUCGAGUGAUAUGAAAGUUAACUGCAUAAUUCAAGCAGUCCUUGGUAAUUUAGAUAUUUCAGAUCACUCAAUUAUAAGUGACUCUUUUACGAUUAUGAGAAGUGGAAGUCGAAUAGUUAAAUGUUUGAUUGAGUAUUUAGCAACCAAAGGAAAAUAUUUCUAUAGUGCCCUAUUGAACUCGAUCAUUUUAGGAAAAUGUUUUCAGGCUAAACUUUGGGAAAAUUCUCUGUUUGUAUCCAAACAAUUGAGUGGUAUUGGUAGUGUUUCAUCUACACAACUAGCUAAUUCAGGAAAAACGACUUUUGACAAAAUUUUGGAGUCAAAUCCUCGGGAUAUUGAAUUGGUGAGUUGA